AUGAGUUUUGUGGUUUGGUGCCCAGAAGUGGGUAACUGCUUACUUCUCGCCGCAUCCGCAUUUGUCGGUCUUGUAAUUUGGCUUCGGCAGCAAUUCCAUCUUGCUGCUCAAAUGGCCUUUAUCGUCGCGUUUGGUGCUGACGGAGCAACUGACUUGCCUGCAAAGCGCAAACGAACCCAACGCCUCGUCGCAGUGCGUCAGCCUCCUGCAAUUGAGUCUUGCCCUCUUCACCAUCCGCCAACAUUUGCCGCCAUUCCGCGCGUGAAGUCCACUUUUUUAUUGAGGCCCUGUUCUUGGACAUUCCAUUUGCCUCGAGUUUUGGCUGGCUCAGCCACCCCUGCCGGCGUCUCAUCAUUACGGCUCAGUCUAGCCGAGACGAGGUCAUCGAUCGGUAAGGCGAUUUAA